AUGGGAGGUUGUUUCAGCAACAACAAAUCGAAAACGAGUGACAUAAAUCACGCCCGGAAACAAAGCUCAGUUCGAAUAACAGACAUUAACCUUGCCUCAGCCACAGUUUCGAACAGAAUUAACACUGAAGAGCUUAAAGCCAAUUCACGCCCAGGCUCUGCAAAUAGAAAAGCUCAUAAAAAAGGAGCACAUGUAGGAAAUCUUCAAAGGAAAGCAAGCAUGAUCACAGAAGCCACCACCGCAGCAAUAAGCACCCGUGACAAAACACUUGAGGAAACGCUUGAAAUACGAGAGGCUUUAAGCCACCACUUCAUAUUCAAUAAUCUGCCUGAUGAAGUUAUAGAUACAAUCUUAGGGAUGAUGAAAUUAUUUGUUUUGGAGCCCAAUCAGCUAGUAUACGGCCAGGAUCAGAUGGGGACUCAUUUUUUUGUAGUAACCAAAGGAAAGCUGGAAAUUAGAGUGAAAAACGAGCCUAAAGGAGUGAUCACGAAAGGGAUGAGUUUUGGCGAACUUGCAUUAAUGCAUGACUCGAAACGUACAAAUUCUGUAUACACAAUGGAAAGAACUAUGCUAUGGGGAAUUGACCGAUAUGAGUUUAGAAACGCUGUGGCGUCCUAUAAUUCACAAAGAUUCGAAGAAAACAGAAAAUUCAUUGAUUCUGUCCCAUUGCUGCAAAUUUUGACGAAUGCCCAGAAAGAAGCACUUUUAGCUGUUCUGAAGAGCCAAACUUAUAACCCAGGCCAGAAAAUUGUGACUGAAGGAGAGCCAGGAGAUCUGUUUUAUAUAAUUAAAGAAGGCACAGUAAGCUGCUAUGUUCAAGGAAAAAUUGUGAGACAAUUGGCGAAAGGCGACUUUUUUGGCGAGCAGGCUUUGCUUUAUAAUUCACUGACUCCCCCCCCUUUAAAAUGGAACUAAAAAUUUUGUUCCAAUUUAAAGGGGGGUUAAGAAAAUUUUUUUAAAAAAAAAAAUCAUUAUAAAAUUUUUUAUAAAAAAAAAAAUUUAUAUAAAAAUUUAAAAAAAAAAAAAUUUCAAAAAUUUAUCGAAUUAGAUUAAUAAAUUUGUUUAAUAAAAUGCUAUUUACUCUUUAUCCUUUAAAAAAAAGCAAGAUAUAACUAAAAUUUUAUUAUUAAUUAAUACGCCACUAUUAAUUGGUAUCAAAACUAUUUACACAAAAAUUUAUUAUUUUUAUUGAUAAAAAAAAUUAAAAAAAAAAAAUUUAGAAAAAUUUAUUAAUCAAAGUGCUAAUUUUGUUUUAAAUAAGAUGUUAUUUAUACUCUAUUCUUUAAAAUAAAGCAAGAGAUAAGUAAAUUUUGAAUUUUUGUAAAGAAUUCCUAUUGAAUUUAUAUCAAAGCUAUUUAAAUAAAAAAUAUCAUUUUUAUCAAAAAAAAUAAAAUUUUUUUAAAAAUUUACAAUUAAGGAUAAUAAAUUUAUUUAAAUAAGAUGCUCUUUAUACUCUAUUCUUUAAACAAGAGCAGGAUAUAACUAAAUUUUAAUUUUAAUUAAGAAGAAACAUUUAAAUUAUAUCAAAACUUUUUACAUAAAAAUUAUGAUUUUAUAUAUAUAAAAUUUUUUAUUAUAAAAUUAAAUUUUGUUCUAAUUUAAAGGGGGGUUAAUUUACCAAAAAAGUGGAAAUUUUACCUAUAUUUUGUUCCAAUUUAAGGGGGGGGAGUGAGAACUGCAACAAUUGUUUCAAAUACAAAAGUUGGCGUCCUUUCUUUAUGUAGAGAAGAUUUAAUUAAUGUCCUUGGUGACCAGCUUCAACUUAUAAUAUAUAAAAACUCCCAACGAAUUGCUAUUGAGUCAAGUCCUUAUUUGAAAGAAUUGACCAAAAACCAAGAAGAAGCUGUGAUUCAAAAAAUGAAAGUUGUCAGCUAUCACAAUGGAGAAAUCAUCAUUAAUAAAGGAAUGCCAAAAGGGCAUAAACUAUGACUAGUUGUCAAAGGAGCAGUAAUCACUGAAGAAACUGGGAGAAGGAUCUUAUCAUUGCAUUGCAUAGGAGAUGAAGAGCUAACAAACCCAAUCCAGAGCAAAUAUGAAGAAAACUAUAUAGCAGAAGGCUCAGUUGAUAUUGAAGAAAUCGGAAGGACUGAGUUUGAAAAUUGUAUAGGAGGAAAACUCAAUAAUAUAAAGUCUCAUAAUGAAGUAUUAAACAUCAUGAGAAACGUACAGCUACUAGCUUUCCCCAUGAUUACGAGCAAAAUCAUUAGAAAAAUUUCUAUUUUUGGAAAAAUAAACCGCUUUGAUUAAUAUCAAAUUUUUUACAAAUUAUUUUUCAAUAUAUAAUUAAUGAUUGUAAGAAUGAGAUCUCCAGCUAAUUAUUUUAAUUUGGCACAGCUUUUAUCUUUUAUAACAUAAAUUUUAUAAAUUUUAUUAGAUUUUCUCUUUCAAAAACUUAUAAUUUGGGCUUUUUAAAAUCAGAAAACAUAUAAAUUUUUAAAAUAUUUUAGCUAUCCAAUAAGAGAGUAAGAGCUCUUCCUAUGAAUAAGCUCGAGUCCUUGGUUAAUAUGAUUUAUGUUCAAACAUAUGAAGACAAACAAGUUAUAUUUCAUGAAGCUGCCCCAGGAGAUGCAUUUUAUAUAGUAAAAUCAGGACAAGUCGACAUUAUUAAAGACAACACAGUUCUUAGGACCAUCUCAAAGCAUGGCUACUUUGGAGAAAGGUCCAUCAUCAAUAAUGAAAAACGAACAGCUACAGUUGCUGCAAGCGGGAGGGCAAAAGUAUGGGUACUGAAUAGAGAAGAUUUCUUGAAUCUCAUAGAUGAAGGAAUAAGAUAUCAACUGUUAAAAAGAAUGGAAUUACAAGAUGAUUCCAUCACCUUAAGUGAUUUAUGCAUUGUGAAAAUGCUUGGCAAAGGGAUGUUCGGCAACGUCUUUAUGGCUAUCAAUAAAAACAAAGGGACUUUAUAUGCCCUUAAAACUGUAAAUAGAGCUAAAAUCAGAAGCUAUGACUUAUAUACAAACUUAUUAUUAGAAAGACACAUCUUGCUACAAAUAGACCAUCCUUUCAUUAUGAAGCUUGUCAAAACUUUCAAAGAUACAGAGCGCGUUUAUUUUUUAACCGAGCUUGUAAGAGGAAAAGACUUAUUUGACGUCCUAAGAGAAAUGAACUUAUUGAGUGAUUCAGACACAAAAUUUUUUUCUUCUUGCCUUUUGAUGAUUUUAGAGCAUAUGCACGAGAGAGGAAUUAUUUAUCGUGAUCUUAAGCCUGAAAAUAUUAUGAUCGAUGAAGAUGGGUAUCCAAAACUCAUUGAUUUUGGGACUGCAAAAGUUGUAGAAGGCAGGACAUACACUGUAGUAGGGACUCCUCAUUAUAUGGCUCCAGAAGUGAUACUAGGGAAAGGAUAUGGGCUUUCAGCUGAUUAUUGGUGCUUAGGGGUCAUUAUUUAUGAAUUUGUAGUCGGGUCAUUACCAUUUGGAGACGAAGAAGAAGAGCCUUAUGCGGUAUAUGAACAAGUACUGAAAGCUAAAUUAGGAUAUCCCCACCAUACAAGAAUGAACCCAAAAUGCAGAGAAGUGAUCGAAAAGCUCCUUGAAAAAAACCCAGUUAUGAGAGGGACAAUUGAAACAAUAAAAGCUAUGAAAUGGUUUGAGGAUAUCGACUGAGAUAACUUGCUUGGUAAACAAAUAAAGCCACCUUAUAUUCCGCGCUUGCCUAAUCAGUCAGCAGAAAUAAAUCAAGCUAUGAAAUCUAAAGUAUCACUAACAGGUGUGAUUUCGGUAAUUUUUAUGUAGAAAGAAGAAGCCCAUGAUGUAUUCGAAAUUCCAAGAAGAAAAACAAAUUAAAUUAAUUUAAAUGAUUAAAGGGUUGAUAUCCUUCAGAAGCGAGUAAUAUCAAAUCUUCAUUUAAUGCUUAAUUGGUUACAUCAGCGGCCUUUUUAAUAAGGUGUACCAAUCUGUAAAAAUCAUUGUUUGCAAGUACUCUGAUAAGCCUCAGAAUUGUUAAUGCUCCUGUAGAAAAAGCGAAUUCUCUAUGAGAGAACUUAUUCUGAAGAAGCCAUUUUAUUAUAAAGAAUUUCCAAGAGGUAGAGGUAAACCUCCUCCGACAGGAUGGGAUGAUGUUUUUUAA